CACAAGUAUGUUGUACACUUAAGACUUAACAUAUCUCAAUGAAUAUUAUACACUGAAUUAAAAAAUUACUAGGAUUAAAAGAUAUAUAAUUGGAAAAGGAUAGCCAUUGGAAAAUUUGCAAUGCAAGACAAUAACAACAUGGAUAUCGAUGAAGAACCGGAAUGUGCCAUAGAAAUGCUAUCAGGCAACUUUUCGCUUCAACCACAUGUUUCAGGAGGAUAUGUGUAUUAUAAUGAUUCUCCAUCUGUUCCCAAUGUCACGGAUGAUAACAAACUGAAAUCUCGUCUGCUUCAACAACAACAACUACAACUUCAACAACGACGUCUACUAGAACAACAACUACAACAACAAAGCCAAUCUCAUCCUCAGCAGCCACCAUCACCUCCACCACAACAGCAGAGACUCCAGCAACCAUCAUCCUCGCAACCACAUCCUUCCCCCACAACAACAACAAGCACCAUCGCAAACCCCACAACAACAAACAACAUCGGGAAUCUAUAUCAGCGGAAAUAAUGUUCAUCCAGAACAAUUAAGGUAGUCGCACAGCGAGCGCAUCAAGGCCUAAACAUUAAGCUAUUAAGCUGUUUGAACUAACAAUGCACUUUACCUAGGAG